UUGUUUAUGUUUUGAAAAUUUUCAUUUUUGUCUUUGAUUGAAUUUAAUUCAUUUUUAAUUGUGUUAUUUUUGUUUUGUUCAGAUUAUUUGGUUGAUUAUUUUAUAUCCAUGUCUAUCAGGUUGUCUACAUGGAAGGUAGGUAAGGGUCGUAAUCUGGUUUUAAUAGUCGCUGGUGUGAUCAUCGGCUCCAUUUAUCCACUUUAUUUUUUUCCGAAAUCAAGAAAUGCUGAAUAUCGUCGGAUUCAAGAAAGGAAUCGUAAAGGAGUUGAUAAAGAGUCCAUUCAACCCGGUGGUUUCAAGUCAUGGACAGAUCCAUUUGCAUCGUUGAAAAAAGACAAAUAAACAAGUAGCUAAUUAUAUUCUCUCCUAAUUGUUGUGUAAAUAUUAGUACAGUUAUGUCGUUCCCUUUGUAAAGUCUAUUGUAAAUCGGGGACAUUUUUAACUGUAAAUAAUGUAGUUUUACCUGUGAUAAAAGCAAAUAUACAAUUCAUUCAACCGCA